AUGCACAAGCUGGGACAUUGCGGCGGGACAUGCGCUGAAAUAAUCUCGCAUCAUUUAGAAAUAUGCGAGUGCUUCGAUCAUGAAGAAGGCGAUGCUGAAGAAUACAUAACCGACUUCAAGCAUCGUGCUGGAAUUUCGAAUUGCUGUGCGAUUGCGCAUUGUGGGGGACAGCCGUUAAGCCGACUUAGUUUGAGACAAUGACGUCCAGCCGAACAAGCGAUUAAUGAAGUCGUAUCAGCACGAAAAGCACAAAUCGAGGUCAUGCAGGAUUACCUACGUAAUAAACGGAACAUCCCCAUGGUUAUAUUAUCAUCUUCCCUUUUAUUUCACCACGAUGAGGAGAAAGAGGAAGAAGUUAUAAUGGAGAGAGAAGAGAAAGAGAAAGAGAGGGAAGUGAAUAACGGCGGUAAUAUUUCGGAAGUGGAAAGCGGCAAUAUCUCGGAAAUAGAAGAGGUACAAGAAGCUUUGGGAGAAGAAGAAAAAGACGUGAAUGAAAGAGAGAAAGAGAGUAAGGAGGAGGAGGAGGAGAAGGAAAAGGAAGCUACCAUUCUCAUGAUGUUGAAGAACAACAUACUAAAAGCUCUUUUAAUCGGAGGAUUCCCUUAUUACCGUUGUAUUCCCUUAUUAGACGAAAGUGGUGGGAAUGCGCAGUUGUUUGACGAUACGAGCAUACCCUUGUAUUUAUAUCAUGAUAUGGAUAUACAUACGAUGAUAGGGGUACAUACGAGCACAAUGAAUCGCAUUAUGCAGCAAUCACGCCGAACGCUGUAA